GAUUUUGCUACUCGACCACCGCACAGUUGCCGUUCCCCCCGAACGCAAUGUGAUAGUAUUUUAUUUGAAAAGCUGUAGAUAGUCUAAGAGAGGAGGAAAAAACAAACAAUUGAAUCAUCGACUCGGGACGACGUAUUCCGUAUUUUGUUUUAUGAAUUAACUACCAUUAAACAUAUCUCGUCGCCUUUAUGAGUUAUUGCGCAGCGGUAGUGAUAUCCACGAAAGGAAAGAACCCGGUAGAAUGCGCGAAGGACACUGAAUUCUCCAGGAUUUACAGCCACACUGGUUCUUAUGCUUCAAAAUGAAUUCAAACUAUAAAUUAAGAGAGCAAUUAUCUACAAGACUGAGAGGUCCAAAUGCCAAUAAUUUCAGAGGACAUGAAGAAUCGACUUCUACAAAAACAUUCACUCGUACCCAUCAACGUAACCUUUCACUACCCAUCAAUAGUGUUUUCAAACCAACAGCUUCGCCUAACAAUGAAUCCACAUCUUUAACUGCAACACCUUAUUUACAUGAUAAUGACUAUUGUAAUCCAGUUCAAAGAAAUUACCAGGAUACCAACAAUAGUGAUAAUGAUUCAUCCAACAGCGACACAGGUAGUACGGGGACUUAUAUAAUCGAAAAAAGUGUUUCUUAUGACGAUAACAAAUCUGACGCAUUACAUAAUUUCGAAAAUGCCACUGAUGAGUUUAAGAAAUCUAAUUCAAUGGUUAAGAAAUUACGAUCCAGCUGGGUCAAUGAAUGGCAUUCAAAAUUAAGCCAAAACCAAACAUGUUCAUCAACUGCUGCACUGACAAAAACAGACAUAAAGCCACCACCAUCUCCAAAAUUAAAAAGAUAUACAAGGAAAUCAAACAUACCAUUGUUAAAUUCAUCAAGCAUAAAAGACUUGAGUGAGAAUAGCAUUAAAAAUACAAGUAGUGAUGACGAUACCAGAUCGAUUUUGAAAGACGCUGAAAACUGUGUAAAUAUGAUGGAAGCUAAGGUGGAUAAAGCUGGUGGACAUACAUCUAUACAGUAUAACCGAACGUUUAAUUUGCGUCGUGAUAGGUUUUCAAAAGCUUCAGAUGAUUUCACUAAGAAAAAUGACAUCAAGGCUGUUAAUGGAAAAUCUGGUUUAACUAAACCGUCCACUCAAACAUUAAGUUCGUCUAUGUCAAGGGUAGAUUGUGGUCGUUACAGUUUAAGGACAUCAAGAGUACCACAGCCGAAUUCAUCGCCUUUGCUGUCAGCACGAAAAAAUUUAUCGGCAAAGAAAAAAUGGAACUCUAGUAUACUUUGCAAUAAAGUUCAACCACCAAACAAAGAAACGGAACUAGAAAAUUGGAAGAGGCGUAAAAACUAUGAUCCCAUGAAGGCAGCGGCCGAAGGUAAAAAGAAGGAACUACAAAAACAAACAAAUUCGUUUUCUAAAGGAAAAUGUGCCACUACUUCAAGUAACCCAGUUUUAAGGUCUGCAUCUUUUCAUGGCCGCGAUAAUUUUUGUCAAGACGACGAUGAUGAUGACAGUGAACAAUGGGAUCAAAACAGUUUGAAUUAUUACGAACCCGUUGACAAUUGGCAUAAAUUACCUCAUCCUCCUGCUACAUCCAGAGAUCAUUCUCCACAGCCAUUGAAAAGUAACCAUAUUCACUCUUCUGCAACAAGUUCGUCUUUAGCCUCACUACCGACUAGAAUGGUAACGACACAUAAUGGUUUACCGACGCCAAUGCAUAAAUCUCUGACAGCAUUUAAUAGCUCUACUAGUUCAUCUCUAGAUGUCAGUUCGAUGCGAGAAGCGCUUUUCGACACUAAAGACACAUCUAAUAUGGUCCAGUUGUCUUACAAGACCAAGAAACGGGGCAUUGAGCUUCUGAAAAGAAUAAAAAACGAACUUCCAGAGUAUGAUUAUGUAGAAUUGACUAGAGGAAUUGAAGAAUUUGAUUUAAACGAUGACGCAUACCAUGUACCCAUGGAGUCUUGGGAAAUGUCUGUAGCGGCGACUAACGUUAACUGCGUCAAUAACAUAUUUGGACUACUCGAAAUGGUGUUGUUUAACGGUACCGAAAGUGGAGACACCUAAUGAGACAACUGAGCUCCUCCGCUUCUGGUAUUUAUGUUAUGCCUAUUACUGUUUUUAUUUACGUCAAUAUUAUGUUUCUCUAAUGCCAAAUUUAUUGUGUGAUACCAAAUAAUAGUUAAGAUUUUAAUUUUAAAAAUAUAUGUAUCCUAACUUUAAAUAUUAUAUUAGUUGUUGAAAUAACACAUAUUAUUUAGAAAUAUGCAUGAACAUCAGUAUUAUUAUUAUUAUAAUUAUAAGUGAUGAAACUAUAA